GGCAGUUUUAGGGGGCGGGACCGGUAAGCGUUUCCGGAGGCGGGAGGCGCAGGCUGAGGCGGUCGCGGCAGCGACGGCUUGAGCGGGCCCGGCGCCGGCGGCGGCGGAAAGUAUCCCACCGGCGGGCUAUGUGAGCGCCGAGCCCUUGGCAGUUCUUCCUCGUGUGGAUUGAAUUUGAGGCCUCUUAAAAAUUCUGUCAGGAAAAGCACCAACAAGAUUUGUGAUGAAAUGGAGCCUGGAACAAACUCUUUUCGAGUAGAAUUUCCUGAUUUUUCCAGCACCAUUCUGCAAAAACUGAACCAGCAGCGCCAGCAGGGACAAUUAUGUGAUGUGUCCAUUGUUGUCCAAGGCCACAUUUUCCGAGCACACAAAGCUGUUCUUGCUGCCAGUUCCCCCUACUUUUGUGACCAGGUACUCCUGAAAAACAGCAGGAGGAUUGUUUUGCCUGAUGUGAUGAAUCCCAGAGUGUUUGAGAACAUUCUCCUGUCAAGUUAUACGGGGCGUCUAGUAAUGCCUGCUCCAGAAAUUGUCAGUUACUUAACAGCAGCAAGCUUCCUCCAGAUGUGGCAUGUGGUCGACAAAUGCACUGAGGUUUUAGAAGGAAACCCUACAGUCCUUUGUCAGAAGCUAAAUCAUGGCAGUGACCACCAGUCUCCAAGCAGCAGCAAUUACAAUGGCCUGGUAGAGAGCUUUGAGCUGGGCUCUGGAGGCCACACGGAUUUCCCCAAAGCCCAGGAACUGAGAGAUGGAGAGAACGAAGAAGAGAGCACCAAAGACGAGCUGUCAUCUCAGCUCACCGAGCACGAAUACCUUCCCAGUAACUCAUCCACAGAGCAUGAUCGGCUGAGCACGGAGAUGGCGAGCCAGGACGGGGAGGAGGGGGCCAGCGACAGUGCCGAGUUUCACUACACCCGGCCCAUGUACAGCAAGCCCAGCAUAAUGGCUCACAAACGCUGGAUCCAUGUGAAGCCCGAGCGCUUUGAGCAGGCGUGCGAGGGCAUGGAUGUGCACGCACCCUAUGAUGAGCACCAGGUCACAGAGUCCAUCAACACAGUGCAGACAGAGUACUCAGUCCAGCCCUCAGGGGUAGAGGAAGACUUUCACAUUGGGGAAAAAAAAGUGGAAGCAGAGUUUGACGAACAGGCUGAUGAAAGCAAUUAUGACGAGCAGGUGGAUUUCUAUGGCUCCUCCAUGGAAGAGUUUUCUGGAGAGCGGUCAGAUGGGAAUCUCAUUUGGCACAAACAGGAGGCUGCCCUAGCAUCAGGCUACAGUGAGAAUAUUGAGAUGGUAACAGGGAUUAAAGAGGAAGCUUCCCACCUAGGAUUCUCAGCCACUGACAAGCUGUAUCUUUGUCAGUGCGGCAAGAGUUUCACUCACAAAAGUCAGAGAGAUCGACACAUGAGCAUGCACCUCGGGCUCCGGCCUUACGGCUGUGGGGUCUGCGGUAAGAAAUUCAAAAUGAAGCAUCAUCUAGUGGGUCACAUGAAAAUUCACACAGGCAUAAAGCCAUAUGAGUGUAAUAUCUGUGCAAAGAGAUUCAUGUGGAGGGACAGUUUCCACAGGCAUGUGACUUCUUGUACCAAGUCCUACGAAGCUGCAAAGGCUGAGCAGAAUACGACUGAGGCUUGUACCAAGUCCUAUGAAGCUGCAAAGGCUGAGCAGAAUAUGACUGAGGCUUGUACCAAGUCCUACGAAGCUGCAAAGGCUGAGCAGAAUACGACUUGAGUGGCAGGCACAAAAAUAAACUGUGGUAAUUAUGCAAAUCUGGGCACAGAUGAUGCGUGCUACUUGCUAUUAUGAGAGAAGCUUAAAAAAAAGGAAGAUAUUUCUGCAAGACCAGUUCUAAGUAGGCCAAUUAAAAAAUCUAAUUCUUCAAAUUUGUAUGUUCCCGGCCUGGAGUGGCUAAAGGGAAUAAGUGCACCCACCUCACACCUGGCAAGGUGAACCUUCAGGCCUCUUGUGAAUGAAGCUGGUGGACUAGAGGGUAGAGACACCUGCACUUGGAAUUGGACUCCAACCCCCCAGUUCCGUUUCAGGUGGCAGCGGUGUUUGAUCAGUCAUUAUUACAAGGUCAUAUUGGAAUUUUAUUUUGCUCUUACUAUAGAUACUUAGGUAAUGUGGGUUUGUUUUGGUAGCUGCUUCACUGAAUGAAAUGCUCCUUAUGUAAUAGCUACAAAUAAUGUGAUUUCUAGGAUACUAAGUUGAUUAACAGCUCUCUUAUCUGGUUUUGUUCUUUCUAAAGAGUAUUCUAACCAAAACUAUGGAGAUUAUUAAGAGGGUGACAUUCUAAGUAAAAAAAAAAGUAACUCAUGGUACCAGCUCCAAUUUCUGUAAGAUGCCACUGUCACAACGAUUUUCAGACUCUUGAUAAGUCAGAGUUUUAUAUUUUAGUACUAACAUUUAGUUUGAACAGUUGUUUCUAAUUGUAAUUCUCUAGGGUGCCAGAGAUAGGUAUUUCUAACUGGUUUGCUGUCCCAAAUCCUGUUUGUUUAAUUGUAGCAUCCACACGGUGGAAUCUGCUGUGGCUAGUAGACUUCUAGCCUGCCUUGACUCUGACCACGGUACCAUUGGCUGCUCCAGCCCAUUCACUCUGUCUUAGAUUAUGGUGCUUCCUGAAGUGGUCAGUCAAUGACCAGUUACUGGGAAGGAGCUGGAAGCCACGGCUGAGAGUUACCUGUGGACUUCAGGAGCCUAUAGAGUGCUAGAGCGACACUCCAACUGUCAGAAUGAGAGCCGCCAAGUAGCAGAAUUUUGAGUGUCAGGUUAUGCUUAGGGGGACGAGGGGAACCAAUUGCUCAAGAAAAGGGGUUUUGAAAAUACACUGGUAGAGAUACUCACAGAGGGGUACGUUGAGCUGGUCCUCCCAGCUCUUUAGGAGUGCUGGAAUGUGUUUUAAAAGAGGGAAAGAAAGAGUCCUAAUUUUAGGAAGUUGUCUGCAAAUUCCUGCUCUCAUUUAAUAGAUAAAGCUGCAUAAAUUUACAAGUCCGUAUAGCUAUACCUACCAAAAAAAAAAAAAAAAAAACCCAAGAAAAGUAGCUAUUCUGAGACCUUUUCUGAGGAUCAGUCAGAAGUUUGGGAUUAAAAAAGAAGCUUGUUCAGGAUGUUUUAAACUGUAACAUACCUGAAGCUGUCACCAGGAUUGGGACAGGGUGCUACUGUUAUGUUAACUUUUCCGUAAACUUAAUGGUUUAUUAUUUCUUAGUGGAAACUUUUUUUUUCCCUGAAAACAAAAAUAACUUUUCUUGGAUUUGGAAUGAAGUUUUUGUUUUAAAAGUUGGGCUUUGCUCUGAAAUGAGCGACUUUCCUGGCAAUGGCCUCUGAUCCUCAAACUCCUACCAUCAAGGCAUUUAGUUGUAUGGAAAGGGGAAAGAUUUAUUUACCAGUUAACGCUUGUAAUCGAGGUUACAAAACAGGGAUCUAUUCAUUAACACUGUAUCAUUCUCAAUAUAUAAAAAGCACUUUGUAUUUAAAACUUUAUUAUAAAUAUAUAUUGAUUUUUUUAACCUAGAAACUAGAUAUUACCUCUUGGUUGUUUGCCAUGUUAAUACCCUCUUCUCUUAGUGUUGAAACUUCACCAGUUAACAGUCAUUCUCUGUGUACCUGACAGAGAAUGUAGAGGUGACUUAUAGCCAAGCUCAGUUGCUGCUUCUCUUUUUCUCAUGUUAGAAGCAUUGGGUUUUAGGUAUGAUCCCAGCCAUUGUAUGUGAGGAAAAAUUGUUGUAUUGCUUCUACUGAUUUCAGUACUAAGGCAGUGAAGCCAUUUUGUUUGUCCAAAAGCCAGUCACCCUCUCUCAUAGUAUCAGCAGACCAUUUCUGCCUGUUUGGAAGGUUUGAUGUUCUGGUUUCUAUUAAAGAUUGUACUCAAAUGAGUGUUGGAACACUUGGGAAGAAGAAUCUUGAGAAGUAAAAUAAAAAUAUUCUGGAACAAUCUCAUGGUCCUUCAGUUAUGUUGAGAUCAGCACGGCAGUCGUCAUGAGUAAUGAGGAGGAGGAGGAAAGGACUAGGGGGCAGCUCUCUGGUGGUAGUUUUAGAAGCUCUCAGUUGUGCUGGGACUUCAUGUGUUAUGAAGAGAAGCAGAUCUUCUAUUGAAAUCCUUAUGUGUACACCUGCUACUAAAUGUAGACUAUAAAUGUAAGUUCCUCACACCUGCUGUUUGAAGCUUUUUAUGGUAGUGGGGUUUUUAUAAAAGUUAGUUGCUGAUCAGUCAACCAGACCCUGUGAGAUGAUUGGGCAUCUGAAAUGCUGGCCAUGUCCAGAGAGGUGGGGCAAGGGGGUUGCCUUAGUUUGGAUAUUGAAAGUGAAUCUUUUUAAACUUUGCUUUUAGGCUUAAGAGAUCAUACUGUAUUACUACUUUUUUCUUUUUGCUCCUGCCCACCCUGGGUUGGACAGAUAGUUUCUGUCUUUACCCUCAGUACAGCUUUAGAAAAUCUUUCUCCUUCCCGUUGAGUUUGGAGAGCAGUGGGUAACGUUUCCAAACAGUCUUUCAGGGAUCUUGUCAGUGGCCCGCAGCCAAGGUGUUUGUCCCUUACUUUGAGUCUUUACUGUGGUUUCUCUCCAGUCCCAAUGGGAAAGGGCUUGAAGGCACCACCAGUGGUCUUUAAUAUUCGUACUGAUGCUAUGCCUUUCAUUUUAGAUCCACACAUUACAAUAAUCCACCUGGUAAAGUAGGUCUGACCAGUUGAGAACAGACUGCCAUAACCUUUUCUCAGCUGUUGAAGGUUACCCCCCAGUCCCUUCUUUUGGCCGCUGGUCUCAAAGAGUCUGCCCGAAAGGGUCUCCUCCGCUGUAGUGGGCAUUUGCUGAACUGAACUGACCCUAAGCUGACUUCUGACUGACUGGGAAAGCUGCUUAGUCUCAGUGGCAUCUUCCUACGGAGGCACACACCUCCUCCUGAGGCUGCUGCGGACAUGAAGUUGGGGCUGAGCAGAAGCAGCAAUGCUGGCUUUCCCUGGGGAGGGGGGAUUUGCUGCACCCCCCCGCCCGGGGGUUGGGGGGCAGGGGAGGGUAGAGAGGAUGCCAUCACACCAACUUCAGGGGUUUGCUUUCAUAAGGUCUCUGGAUAAUUUAGGAAUGCUGAACACCAAGCAACAUAGACCCCCCACCCCUCCAGCCCUUCUGUGCCACACUAAUUUUGUGACUUAGGUUGCUUUUCUGUGACUCACUUUGUUCAGUGAAACCAGGGUGUUUGUUUGGAUUUUUGUCUUUGCUAACUUAUGUGUUCGAAGGUACAUGUUUCUUAUUUCAGAUUUCUACUGAUAGUGCCCAAUGGGAAGAUGCUGGAACACAUUUUGCAAAUGUGAUUUUUUUUUUUUUUUUUUUUUUUUUUUUAGUUUUGCUUGAAGCCUGUGUCAUAAUGUCAAUUGCUGCUGCCUUCUUUCCUUUUAUGAGGUUCCCAGUGUUUCUUCUAGAAAAUUAUUUAUGCAAGUCAGGUGACUCUUAGACCACAAAACCAUUUGACAAUAAACAGAGUAUCAUUAGGUGCAUAUCUUAUUGAUAUUUUGUGAAAUGUUAUGCCUGUGUUGCAAAAGUUGAAUAGUUUUGUCUUUAUAUACUGCUGUCUUCAGUGUACAGCAUGGUUUUACUUAAUUGAAUGUUACUGUUUAAUAUUUUCUUCUUAUAGAAGAGACCAUGCCCUUUUGUAUGACAUGUUUUAAUAAAUGUUAUCUGUCAACUUUGUAAAA